AUGAAAACAUUAAUUAUUAUCUCUUCCAUUCUUUUAUUACUUUGUUUAGUCAGUUGCAUCCAAGGAGAGGAAGCAUAUUUUUCAUUCAAAACCCAGGGCUCUAUCCAUGAUUUUGUAUUCAAGCUGACAGAUCCCAAAUUGAUUAACCAUGCUAGAAAAUUGAUUAGUGGACAAAUCGACUCUCAACCUCAUAUCAUGGGAAAGAUCAAAAAGCUAUCCAAACCAUACAAUCCACAUUAUGAAUUCCACAUGGAUCCAGAUCAAAUUUCUUUCUUUGACUUUGCAAUCGAAGUAUGUGACGCUUCUCUCCCCUAUCUUGAGGAUAAUUUGAAAGACGCUUGUGGGGCAUUCCUCCCAGGAUGCAUGUUUUGUCCAUGGAGUUCUCAACUUGUCGAAGAAGUUCAUCCAAAGGUUGACAAAAAAUAA